CUCUUCUCUCUCAAUUUUUCGAAUGCCCAUCUAAAGCCGAAAGCCCCCUUUUAUACAAAAACGAAGAGAGCUGAAUCCCUUUCUAGUUCUCAAUCCUAAUCCAAAUCCCUAAAAUUAUAGAUAAUACUCCAAUCCUAUUCAAAAUAGGAAUUCUAAAACUAACCUAGUUCUUUACACAUAUUCCCUCUUUCAAGGCUAGAUUCAUACCUCUUAAAGAUUAGGACUCCCAAUCUAAAUUGACUUCGAAAACAUCUUCUGCGAUUCUUGUUGAAGACUUCUAAUCUGGAUAUUCCUUCGUACCGAUAACCAACGGGCAAGUGCAGAUGAUGCACAAAGGGCAGAAAUAAGAAGGAAAAGUUGAAGGAUCUCAUGGCUAAGAACUAUUUGUUCCAAGCCAUAGAUUGGGCUAUCUUGGAAACAAUUCUUAACAAGUCUACUUCCAAGACUAUUUGGGAUUCCAUGACGAAGAAGUACCAAGGGAAUGAAAGAGCAAAGCAACAACAACGCCAAGCUUUGACGAUGGCAAUCGCAAACAAGAUGAGGAUUCAUGGUGAAAAUCUAGAGGAUGUUGCCAUAGUUGAGAAAAUUCUUCGGUCUAUGACAACAAAAUUCAUUUAUGUUGUCUUUUCCAUUAACGAGUCGAAUGAUAUUGAGGCACUUUCCCUUGAUGAGUUGCAAAACUCAUUAUUAAUUUAUGAGUGGAAGAUAGACCGCCAAGACAAGCAAGAGCAAGCAAUGCAGAUUUCGCAAACGCAAGCCUUGCAAACCAUAGUUAAUUCAAGGGCUGUAAGUCGAGGAAAAGAAAACUGGAAAGGCAGAUCAAGAUCUGACAGACUGAGAUCUGAACACAAUCAGAAGAGUGAUGAUGCCUCUCUAUUCAUGGUCUAUCAUCCUAAAGAAGUCAGCGAGAAGAAUGUGUGGUAUCUGGAUACUGGCUGUAGCAACCACAUGUGUGUCAAGGGAAGGGGAAAGGUAACCAUUCGUGCCAAAAACAAUUCAGUUCAAACUAUUGCUAAUGUUCUGUAUGUACCAGAUUUGAAGUCAAAUCUGCUUAGUUUGGGACAGCUUCAAGAGAAAGGAUAUGAAAUCCUAAUUAAAGAUGGAGUUUGCCAAGUUCAUGAUCCAAAGCUUGGCUUGAUUGUAAAGGUCAAGAUGACAGGAAAUAGGUUAUUUCCAUUGUACUUGCAAACCACAAAUCUAUCAUUUUUAUCCACCAAAAUGAAGGACACAGCUUGGUUUUGGCAUUACCAAGAUGGACAUCUUUAUUUUGGUGGAUUGAAGGCCUUGCAACAGAAGAAGAUGGUAAAUGGUCUUCCUCAUUUUGAUUCUCCUUCAGAAAUUUGUGAAAUCUGAGUGGUCAGUAAGCAGUGCCGUGAUAGCCUUCCUAAAGACAGAUCUUGGAAAGCAAAACGGGUGCUAGAUCUGGUUCACUUUGAUCUGUGUGGACCUAUAAAUCCAGUAUCCAAUG